AUGAUCGUCAACUUCAUUAAAAGCCAACUAUUCUGGACGGUGUUGCUAUACUACAUCUCUAUAGUCCUUGGUGAAGCCUUAACGGAAGAACGAAAUCCACAGGAACAGCAAUUCUUUCGAAUCACACUAGGUGCGUAUCAUUUCACAAGGAGAUUGGAACUUAAAUGCUUAAUGAUCUUUUUGCGAUAUACAUUUGCAAAUUCAGAAUCGAUCACCAAACCACUUGAAAGUUAUAUUAAGUAAACCUGGCACGUUCACACCAAAUUUAUAGAUUGUUAGUAUUUUAUUACUUGUCCUCAGUGCGGUGUAUAGGAUUACUAAAUGUUAGUUCCAUAUAAAGUUAAUGUUGCAAAAUUCCCUGACUAUUUUUAACUAAAACAUUUGAGUCAAAAUAUUCUAAGCAAAAUAAUGCCUUAAAAUGUUUAAAAAAUUAUCAAAUUAAUGAGAAAAUUUACUGAAAAACAAUCUGUUUUUGAGUUAUUAGAAUUUGAGUCGUUAUUGUGUGCAUGAAUUCCCUGAAGUUUUUGAGCGGAAAUACUCAAUGACACUUUACAUUGAAGACUGAUUAAGUAUACAUGCAGUAAAUAGGCUACUACAAGUAAUUUGCUCAAAAAUAUUUUGUGGAUAUCCCAAAAAUAAGUAUCGACCCCCAGUUUAGAAUAUCAGCAAGCGACCGGGUCUCAUGUGAACAUGACCAGUUGCGUUCUAAUUUCAUCAUAGCAGUAUAAUUAUGACAUGAACAUUUUCAGGUGUUCGAUCUCAGCGCGAAGCGUACGUCAGCUUAAGAUCGAAGACAGCAUUGGAUUGUGUCUUGUUUUGCCUCAGAGAAAAAUUGACUUGCACAUCUCUCAAUUAUGCUGAAUCUACUACGGUCAAUAAUGGCAAGGAUAAUUGUCAAUUACACAAUGAAACCAAGAAUGAUGAUGAAAAUUCAUUAAAGUUCCUGAAAGAUGAUAGAUACACUUUUUAUCGGAUACCCGCCAGAGUAUCACAUGAAUCAGAAAAUGUAACUGAACAGGUAUACCCAUCCUGGUUUUGAACUGACAUACAGUAAUUUUUUCCUCGUAUUUAGGGAAUGCAUGUUUGUAACUAUAUAGCAGCCGGAUUCGAUUCUUGCCUUUUGCCUGGCGCAAGAAAGAAGAUGGUCUCCAUUGAUGAACACUUAUAUCUAUAUCUUGUUUUACAUAACCAAAAAAGUUUUACAUAUUACAGUGCGUCUACAGUAAGUGGAGCCGCUUAGAGAACACUAACCAAUCACAUUGCAUGAGAAAAAUAGAAAAUCAACAAACGGCGCAUUAGCCAAUCAGCAUUAGGCCAAAAACAAUUGUCAAACGGUAAAAAUAGACUUGAAAAAUAAACACUGCAGUUACUGGCUUCCUGAAGCGAACUCCAUGCUUUCUUUUGAUUGGACGAGCUGUAGUUUGAUUAGAUUUCUACUUUUGUUCUGCAAUGUGAUUGGUUAGUGUUAUCUAAGUGGCGUUAGUGGCCCCACUUACAGUAGAGGCACUGUAACUGAAUUCGACAACUGCAUAUCAUUAUACACUUAAUGUCCGCUUCUGAGGGAAAUAUUCCCGGGAGUCUCAACUAUUUCCCGACGCAACAGGCAUUAACAUUUGUGUUUUGUAUGUAGCGAUAAAAGAAAAAAAUAAAAUUCAUAUAGCAAUUGUAUUUCACGACAACUCUAUAGUCCAAACGAGUUUAAAGUUCCACUAAAACGAUUAUAGCUGCAUAUCCUGUUGCCCGUUAUGCAUUUUGCUGUCUUUGACAUUCUUAAUUCUAACACAAACUUAGAAAGUCUAGAUAAUCGUAGUUUAAAACUUACGAUUUGUGCCGCAAUUUUAUUUCGUUUUAGGCAAACACAACUGCUUCAAAUUAUCUUGACCAUUUCAACGACGGUAAUAAAACAUCAGGUAAUUACACCAUCUUGGAUCAAGCACAAAACCUUCGCACAGUGUAUUGUGAUAUGGAAUCUGAACCAGGAUCCAUUUGGACUCUUAUCAUGUCAUUUGCGAGAGAAAACAAAGAUUUGAGUGCAUUCAAAUCCAUAGAAAUGUCUGCACCUUCCCCCCGAAACAAAAACGCUCCGAAUUGGUCUGACUACCGAAUGGGCAAGCGUCUAAUAGUUCAUGUAAACUCCAAAGCAACUCAUUGGCGAGUUACAUGCAGUUUUCAGCAAUCUGGAGUCGACAUCAAGACUGACUACGUCCGAGCUGCGUUUGCUGAUUUUGAUUUCAUGGGUAAAUUUUGGGAUGGGUGCAAAAACGUGAGUUACAUAAGUGUCAUGGGACAAUUUUGUUCACACUGUACCGCAUACUGGCGGCAGGGUGAUAACUUUACCCUGACUAUCCCCGCAGUUAGUCCAGACCCUUUUUGCGACAUAAAAAGCGAUGAGAGUGAAAACUUCUAUUUUGGUGCGUACCACACUUACGAUCCCGCAUUUCGUUGUACAGAAUCUCCAAAUUCAACAACGAAUUACUGGUUCGGUUCUUAUGCUUGA